GAAUUGUCAAUUUUCUAACCGUGCUUUAAGUCAACCUGUUUUUAUUUACAGAUCAUAUUUUAUUUUAAUAAUUUUCUUGCGCAUAACAUUAUGUCAAUAGAAGUUGAAGGAACUUUUGUAUCACAAAAGGUUAAUAAAGUGCGAUGGAUUCCCGAAGAUUAUGUAGAAACAAAACACUUUUUUACCGGCAGUUGGGACGAUGAAGAAAACUCUAUAAAAGUAUGGUCAUUUGAGUGUAUAAAUGAAGAUGAAGAUGUGGAAUACCCUCGCCAAAUUUCCGAGUAUAAGGUCGCGGGUGAUGUCACAGAAAUUAAAUUUAUAGAUAAGAAUAAAAUUGCUGUUUCUAUAUCGAGCGGUGAGGUUAGAAUUCUUGAGAUAAGUUCAUAUGAACGACAGGCUCCGUUAAAAGAAGUGUUUGAAUGGAAACAUUUACACAAAAUAAACCAUGAUCCAUGCUCAUGCACCUCACUAGACACAUUUGAAGGAGAUGUAGCUUCAGUGGGUGAAGAUGGGAAGGUUAAUAUACUGAAUGGCAGGCGGGGAGACAUUACCAGCACCCUCUAUCAUAGUGCAGAUAGCUGCUCAUUGCAUUCAGUGUGUUUUAUUAAAUCAAAUGAGGUGAUCACAGGAAACAUCAGGGGCCACAUGAAGAUAUGGGACAUAAGGUCAGACAACAAAAAGCCAGCUGCAUCAUUUCUCUUAUCUACAGAAGAGGUAGCUGCCACAUGCAUUGUCCAACAUCCAACACAGCCCCACAUUGUACUAGCCGGAAGUGAAUCAGGCUCCAUCGCAGUAUGGGACUUGCGUAUAAACCAAUUCCCCACGUCUUUAGUCAAUGCACACUCGGCUGGUGUAACAGAAUUGCAAUUUCACCCAGAAAACCCUUACAAAUUACUAAGCAGUUCAUUAUCUGGUGAAGUAUGGGAUUGGGAUAUGGAAUUACUAACCAAAAAAACUCCUGAGAGCUAUUUACCGAUAGAUGACAAAACUGUCAUGAAUGUUGACACUAUUUUGCCGGGUCUGCAUAAAGCUGUGAAUACAAUCCAUUGGGAUAAAGGACGAAUACUGUGUGGCGCUGACAACGAAGCUGUUUAUUUGAUUAAGAAUAUUAAGUAUUAAUGUUUAUAAGUGUCAAGUGUGUUUAUCAUGAAGAAUUGUAACUGAGUUAUUGAAAGUAUGUUCGUUGCAUUACAGAAUAUUUCAUGGAACAAUGUAAUUUUAAGUUUUCCAGAAAAUUGUAUUUUAAUAAACAUUUUUUCA